CGGCUAAAGCUCCACAAAAGUCCAUAUAUAGCCAUUUUUCUGUUCCUCUGUACUCCAUCUUCUUCAUAUAUUUAUAGAUAUAUACAUAGAUAGAUAGAGAGAGAAGAUUGAAGUGCCAAAUGGAGAAAAUCCAAAUUCCUCAGGGUCUUACGGAGGAAGAAUUUCGAGAGCUAGAGCCUGUAAUCCGCACCUACCACAUAUUCGAUCCAUUGCCUAACACAACCACAUCUCUGAUUAAGCAGCGGAUUGAUGCGCCGGCGGAGGCGGUGUGGCCCUUCGUGCGCCGCUUCGACAACCCACAAAAGUACAAGCACUUCAUCAAGGGCUGCAGCAUGACUGGGGACGGCGGCGUCGGCAGCAUCCGGGAGGUGACGGUGAUUUCCGGCCUGCCCGCCUCCACCAGCACCGAGAGACUUGAGAUUUUGGAUGAUGAGAAGCAUAUACUGAGUUUUCGCGUUGUGGGUGGGGAGCAUAGGCUGAACAAUUAUCGAUCUGUAACGUCUGUUAAUGAGUUUAACAAAGAGGGAAAGAUUUACACCAUUGUUUUAGAGUCUUAUAUAGUGGAUAUACCAGAGGGAAAUACUGGAGAGGACACGAAAAUGUUCACCGAUACUGUUGUGAAGCUCAAUCUUCAGAAGCUUGGGGUGGUGGCUAUGGCCGCGUCUUAGCACGGUACAAAUGGUGUAUUUGGUGCGUAAUAUUAGCUUGUAUGAAUUCUUCUCCUUUUUUUAA